CUUCGGCUUUGUGCAAGAGCAAAUGGAACAGCAUCCUCUCCAGGACCAAGAACAAAAGGGGAGCACGACACCCAAGCAGCAGGGAAAGUGACUUUGGCACUGAUUCCAGUAGUAUUUGGAAAUAAAAGCUUCAGUCAUACGGCCCAGACUAAGCAAAAUCUUUCAGCUGCCUCCUCAGAACUCCAUUCCCAUCCCAUCAGAGGUCAUGAAGGAAAAUGACAAUACUUUGUGGGAACAAAGAAGGAAGCAGUUUGCACAUCUGAAGAAGAGAUAAUGGUACUACAGGAAAGAAAAGUAACAAUCACCAAAACUCUGUGGGACCAGGUACUGUCAGCUUUUAAGGAUAUACAAAAGGAGCUGCAGGAAGAUGCUCGGAUUCGAGGGAUGAGCAACUGUACUGUAACACCUAUCUCAUCUGCACCCAGAACUGGAAGCACAAAGCCUCCAGAUUUCUCUACAACCUCAAAGGUGAGAUCACAGUUCAACACUGGAGACCAGCCAUCAGGAACCCAUUUCCACAACCUUAGAACAAAACUCUCUGGCCAGUCAGCUUACUACUCGGGACCCUAACUCUAUCAUCAAAGAAGGAAGGACUCCUCUGCUUCUGCAGGGCUCAGCUUAGUUGCCUGAAAAGGAGAAACUAUCACUGAACCAAGAGGAGGGAAUGGUGUCCAUGGGCAGAGAUACCAGUGUCUAUGGCUGCAUCUGGGAAGAUGGAAAUCAACUGAGAUCCCAGAAGAUCCCAAUUGCCAAGCAGAGAACCCAGCAAGUAAACAACUGUGGAAAUAAAUGUGACA